GGCACAUAAUGAUGAGAAAAAGUUGGAGCGUGCUCUGGAUUUGAUGCGAAGGGUUCCACCUCAAAAAACUAAUAAACACCUUGGAGAUCUUAUCGAUUUGUGCCCAUCUUUGACUGAGGAACUUCUGUCAGCUGUUGAUCAGCCACUCAGUACGAAGACAGAUGACGAGAAAGAGUUGGAUUUCAUUAUUUGUGAUUACAAUAGGGAUGGUGACAGUUACAGAUCCCCUUGGAGUAACUUGUAUUAUCCUUACAUAGCAGACGGGUACCAUCCACCCAUUCAACUGAGAGUAAUUGAAGAGGAACUUAAUGAUGCAUUCAAGAUCUACAUGGACAUGUACUACGGCGAAGAGGCACUAUCUUCGGUUUAUGUGUGGGACAUUGACAAUGGGUUUGCUGCUGCCAUCCUCAUUAAAAAGACGAUAAUUGGAGAAAACAGCGGCAGUUGGGAUGCAAUAAACAUUAUGGAGGUCACAGAGAGACUGGGUAGACCAUCACAUUACAAGCUGACAACUACAGUGAUGACGAGGAUGAGGCACCGGGACGGAGACUCACAGUAUGAGAUGAACAUUGGAGGCAGUCUGAUGAGACAGAAAGAGGAGGAUUUACACUCAGAUAACGGGCACGUCGUUAACAUCGGUACGCUGGUUGAGGGCAUGGAGAACAACAUUCGACAGCAAAUAGAGGGUGUUUAUUUCGGUAAGACACGUGACAUCGUUAAUGGAGUGAGGUCGUUAACCAAACUCUCUGAAAAGAAGACCAUGUCAAGAGUUAUGAACGCAGAGCUAACAGGGGCCCUCUCCAAACGUAAACCUCAAGAGUAAAGAAGUUGUGUUUUGUUACGUGAAAUAGAAACUAACUGCAGUAAAACCUGAUUUACUAUGCCCUGAUAAACCUCGAUUUACCGGGAACCGCGAUUUACCGGGAAAUUUAGUCUAACGUGGUUCUCCCCAAGAUGAAGCGGGGUAUUGCUAUUGUUCUGUGUAUUGAUUGACGCAAAGUAAUUUGAUAUGUGAUGAUUUUAUGCUGAAAUAUUUAAUUUUAUAGAUUGUUACUAAUUAAUAUUAUUACGAGAACUUUUGUACAUUUAAAACUAAAUAUUUUAUACCUUAAAUCACUAAUAAUAGUAAUAACCAACAAUUGCAUGAUGCUAUUUUUGGUAACUUUAUUCCCAUUAUAUUGAAAUUCAUUUACAAUAAACAUUUCUCAUAGAGAGAGCAUUAAAGAUUGUAUAUAGAUAUAAUAAUAAUGAAAUCCACAACAUGUGCUGUAUUAAGUUUGUGCCAAAUAUACUGUACCACCGC